AAAUACAUACUACCCAUUACCCGGCCCAUUACCCAUUACUUCAAAUUUUAUUGUAUUAAUCAUGGAUGGAAAGAAGUUGGAAUACAAAGGUGAAGAGGCCUUAAAGGAGUUAGAGAGGUUAACAAACAAUCCUGAUGAAGUUCAAGAGAAUAUCUUAAAACAAAUUAUUACUGUAAAUGGAAAUACAGAGUAUCUAAACAAGUAUCUUAAGGGUUCUAAUGAUGUUUUUACCUUCAAAAAUCGAGUUCCUGUCAUUGGGUAUACCGGCAUUCAGCCUUAUAUCCAACGGAUUGCUAACGGCGAGGACUCGUCUCUUAUCUCCGGCCAUACUAUUGUUGAGAUGUUAUGCAGUUCAGGGACUUCAAAUGGGGAGCCUAAACUGAUGCCUUCAAUAGCUGAAGAUCUUGACAGAAGAACAUUCGUUUAUAACCUUAUUAUGCCUAUUGUUAACCAGUACAUUCCCGGUUUGGAUCAAGGAAAGGCCAUGUACCUCUACUUUGUGAAGGCAGAAAUGUCCACCCCUUGUGGCUUACCAGCAAGAGCAGUCCUUACAAGCUAUUACAAAAGCAAACAUUUUAAAGGGCGUGACAGAAAUGUUCCAUUUUUUGAUUUCACUAGUCCUGAUCAAGCCAUCCUAUGUGAUGACAGCCAACAAAGCAUGUACUGUCAAUUACUUGCCGGUCUUAUUCUCCGACACCAAGUUCUUCGUCUUGGGGCUGUUUUUGCCUCUGCCUUUCUCCGGUCUAUAACUUUUCUCGAGAAAAAUUGGGUUCGCUUAUGCAAUGACAUAAGGAAAGGCAAAUUAGAUGCUUCCAUUACUAACCCGGAAUGUCAAUUGGCAAUGUUAAGCUUAUUGGCGUCGCCUAAUCCUAGCUUAGCCAAUGAAAUCGAGGAGAUAUGUAGUGACUUAUCAUGGAAAGGGAUUUUGUGUAGGCUCUGGCCUAAAGCAAAGUAUAUUGAAGCAGUUGUAACUGGUUCUAUGGCACAAUAUAUUCCAUCACUUGAGUAUUAUAGUGAUAAGAAAUUGCCAUUGUUUUGCCCUAUGUAUGCUGCAACUGAGUCCUUUUUUGGUGUCAACUUGAAGCCUUUGUCUGAUCCAUCUGAGGUUUCUUUUACCCUUUUGCCGAAUAUGUGUUACUUCGAGUUUAUUCCUCUUGGAGAAAAUUCGUGGUCUCUUGACGAAGAUACAGAGAUUCCAUUAAACAAGCUUGUGGUUCUUUCUCAAGUCAAGAUUGGGUGUUUUUAUGAAAUUGUCGUUACCACUUUUGCUGGGCUCAACAGAUAUCGCAUAGGCGAUGUGCUACAAGUGACAGGCUUCUACAACAAGACUCCACAGUUUAAAUUUAUCUGUCGUAGAAACGUUGCUCUUAGCCUAGACAACGACAAAACAAGUGAAGAAGACCUGCACAAGAGCAUCACAAUUGCAAAAAAAUUGCUAGAACCACACAACGCCAUGCUGCUCGAGUACACUAGCUUUGCUGAUGCCUCAUCCGCACCAGGGCACUACGUUCUAUACUGGGAAAUAGGAUACAUCAACCCCAAACUCGCUCAACCCCCUCUCAACGAGGUUCUAAAAGAAUGUUGCAUAACUGUUGAGAAUGAGCUAGACUACACAUAUCGAAGGUGUAGGUCUCACGACAAAGCCAUCGGACAGUUGGAGAUCAGGAUUGUGAAACCAGGCACAUUUGAGGCACUUAUGGAUUUGUACAUAAACCAAGGUGGGUCUAUCAACCAAUACAAAACACCAAGGUGCAUCAAAUCUAAGGCCGCGCUCAAGCUGCUUGAAGCGAAUGUUCAGGACUGCGUUUUUAGCCCAAGAGAUCCGAUAUGGAAUCCGUAAAAGCUAGCUUAAUCAUCCAUCAUAUUAAGGAAAUAAGACCGAGUACUGAUCAUUUAUCAGUUGUGUAUGACAAUCUAUAUUUUGCUGCACUACCUUACUAAGUUUGAUUAGCAAUGUAACAGUUCUUCAGCAGUUUUUCUUGGACAAUCUUUAUGUACUUUGCUUGCUUGAUUUUGUACUAUUAGACCUCAGUAUAAUGUUAGCACAGUUCUUAGUAUUAAUUUAUGUGCUUACUAGCUACUCCCUAACACUUCUAUACUUGUGGUCAAGAAUUUUUGACUGAUAUAUCCAUAUAUUAUCUACG